UCAUCGUUUUUCGCCCGACUUUAACGGUUCUCGUGGGGAUUCAAUUCCAAUUCCAGCCUGCAAAACAAAAAGUAAACGACGCGGAGUGCCAAGCGAUUAAACCAUUACUCUCACUUGUUAAUUGCACCCAGUUAACACAGUUAGUUUUGCAUCCAGUUAAGAGAGUGCCAGAGAAGGGGGAAGAGAAGGCCAGAGACCACCCGCGCGGUUGGCAAAAACAAAAAGAAUAUUUACACUAGCUAACUAAAGGAGGAUCAGCCUGAAAGAAAAAUGGGUAAAGCUCAGAGCAAGCGUUCAAUCGACAUCACCACCGAUCCCAAGAAGGUCGGCGAGGGCGAUGAGGUGGCCGGCAAGGUGGAGAAGAUCGAUGUGGACCAGAAGACGGACGCACCGGCGGUGAAUGGGGAUGCUGCCACGCCCAAGGAAGGCGGAGAUGAGGCGGCGACGGGAGAGAAAAAGGAAACGGAGGAGCAUUCGGAGAACGACAAAGAUCUGACCACCGAAAAGAGUGCCGCAGCCGCCGAGGGUGGCGAUGCGGCCGCCGCUGAAACGGCCAAGGGCGAGGAGGGCUCCCCCAAGGAGGGAGCCGCUGGCGAGGACAUCACCCCGCUGGCCGACGAGAGCAUCAAGUCCAAGUCCAAGAAGGACAAGGUCAAAAAGAAGUGGUCCUUCCGCAGCAUCUCCUUUGGCAAGAAGGACAAACAGAAGCCGGCCAAGUCGGAGGAGGCUGUCUCGCCCACCUCUGGCACAACGUCGCCCACGACGGCCGAGGCAGAGGCUGCCCCUGCCGCUGCAGAUGCUGCUCCCGCGGAGCCAGCGGCUGCCACAAAUGGCGAGGCCGACAAGCCAGCUGAGAAUGCCACUGCCGAGAGCAGCACCAGCGAGGCGGCGUCCAAGGAGGAGGCCAAGCCCGCCGAGAACGGUUCAGCGAGCGAGCAGGAGAAGCAGGCCAACGGAGAAGCCGAGAAGGCGGCGCCAGCACCAGCCACAGUUGUUGAGGAAGCGGCAAAGCCCAAGCCCGUCGAGGAACCAGCCACAGUCACUGCCACCGAGUCGACCACCACUGCCACCGCCACUGUAACUGCCACCGAAGAAGUUGCCGUGAAAGAGAGUUCCCAGCCAGAGCCCGAAGUGGUUACCAACGGACAUGGAGCCGGAGAGGCGCUGACCAAUGGAUCCAGCAAUGGACACGCCGAAUCCCCGGUGGCCGAGACCGCACCAGCCGCCGCUGACAACAUUCCAAGCAACAACGAUGAGGACGAGCAGCCGCACCAGAAUGGCACCAAUGGCACCACCACGCCCCCGCCCACUCCCGUGGCCGUUGAGACCGAGAAGGGACAGCAAAUUGAGGCCAGCAACGAGGUGAUUGAAGCAGCAGCAGCGGCAGUAGAAGCAGCGGCAGCCGCAGCAGUGGCCGCCACCAGCAGCAGCCAGGCGGAGGAGGAAGUUGUGGCGGCGAUCAUCAAGGCGGUUAGCAGCGAGCUAGAGGCCGAAACGGAGACUGAGGCGGAGGCCGAGGGAUUCGUGGUGGUUGCUCCAGUGUCCGCCGAAGUCGAGGUUCCUCCCGUGGAGGAGGUUGAACCCGUGGCUGAAGUUCCCCAAGUAGAAUCCGAAUCUGAAUCCGUGGCUAAAGUUCCUGAAGUUGAAUCUGAAACCGUGGCUCCAUCCGUUCCAGAAGUGGAAGUUCCCGAAGUUGUAUCGGAAUCCACUGUUGUGGAGACUCUGAGCAGCAGUCCGCCGCCUCCAUUGCCCAAAUCGCCGCCCCCAUCUCGUGUCUCCGCCUUUGUUCUGUCCGAUGAAGUUAUCGAGGAGCAGGUUACUCCAAGCACACCCGAAGUAAAUGAAGUUAAGCGCGAAGAAAUCGAACAGCAGGCCAUUAGCAUUGUGGCCGAGAUCACCGAACAGGCGGCCGAAAUUGUCACCGAAAAGGAGAAACAAGAGGAGGAUGCCAAGGAGGAGCAGGAGGAGUCUGUUCCUCAAGUUGUGGAGGUUACUGUAUUCCCCUUAGAAGUUGACGAGUCUGAAUCUCUGGUAGAAGUUGAGAGGACUGUGUCCCCAGUAGAAGUUGAGGAAGUGAAACCAGUUGAAAGCGAGGAAGUUACGGCGCCCUCUCCAACGCCUGAUGAUGUACAGGAAACUAUUGAAGGUCAGGCCUCCGAUGAUGAAGAAUCUGUCCCAGUUCCCGCUCCCACUCCCAUUGAUCCUGCGGAUCAGGAUGGAGAAAACAUUGCAGUCACGGAACCUGUAGAUACCGAGGUACAGAAGGAAACCAUUAGCAUCAGCUCUACCGAAGAAGAUGCUGAGGAGCAGGCGGCAAACGAAAAACAGGCUGAUACCAUCCUGCUGGAACAGCCAGCACCUGUUGAGGAACUGCCCCAAGAGGAAGUAUCGGAACAGCAAGACAUAUCCGAGGAUGCGCAUAGCGAUAACGAUAAGGAGAACGAGAACGAGAACGAAAGCGACCUGGUGGGCAACAUCAUUAGCGAUCUGGAUGCCCCGGUCGCCAAAGCUGGUGUCGAUCUCCUGGCGGAGUUGGAUGCGAGACAAGCGGCGGAUCAGGAGGUCGAGAGCAACAACAAGGUGGAUCUCGCCAAGGAUCUGAAGGAGAAGAACGCCGCGGCAGACGUUACAACACAGGAACAACUGCCCGUUACAUGCGAAUAAUCCUACUCAUAAUUAUUAUAUAUAAUAUUACAUAUUAUUAAAAACAAAACAAAACAACAAACGAUACAAGCAACAACAAAAGAACGCAACGUAAAACAACAAACAAUUACAAGAUAAACGAGAUAAAAACAAAAGAAAACAAAACAAAAACAAGUAAAAAUACAUUUUUAAACAUUUACAUAUUUUAAAUACUUUUUGUACGAACUUCAUAUCCCUUAAUCCAAGAUAUACGCAAGCGAAAAGGCAGAGUAAAAUCCACACCACCACUGCGAACACACCCCACUAAACACCCACGCGUGGGCACCGGCAGUUUUGCAUUGGUGCCCCUGAAUUCCAGAUCGGGGAGUUCCCCAAAAACACAUCCAUCACCCAUCAAGCACACACAUCCACCACACACAUGCGCAUACAUACCAUUCUCAUACUGAUGAUCUUGAUAGAGCAAAAAGAAAAGAAUCAACAAAUCAUAUACGAUGAAGAGAUGAAAGUGAGGAGAAUUUUUUGAAUAAUUUCUACUAUACAUUUAACUGUAAGUUCGAAGAAAUUUGUAAAGAAUUUUUGGACGAAAUAUUGGAUAAAAUAUAUAUUAUAAAAUAUAAAA